UGUGUAUAUCAAGGAGCAUGCGCAAUUCACUAUGACUGCAUGUGAGAGGGACAGAGAGGGAGAGAACGAGAGAGAGAAAAGAGCAAGAUAGGGAACGCACAGUUCUGUUGCACCACUCCUAGAGAGCCUGGAGAUGCUUUCACACUGUCUGUCUCUUGUUCCAGCUCAGGGCUUCUGCAGGGACACACAUGCACGCAUGAGCACAGAGCUACACACAAACACACACUACAGACGUGUCGUCACUGCCACUCCUGGCAGCUGGUGAUAUAUGGGAGUGGGAGCUCUAAGGAGGAGAAAGAGAGGUGGAAACGGAUACCGUUAAGAAGAAUGAGCUUCAGGAUGCUUUGCUCGAAAGAAAAAGGCUCAAUCAUGAGCUGCUUAGUCACAUCCUGAGGGCCACAAAGUAUGAGAAGGUAAAGUCAGACUAUGAUCGGCUCAGAAAAGCUUUUGGUUGUGUGAGUCAAGAGAAAGACUCUGCCAGGCAGGAGAAGGCUCAGCUCCAAGACAAACUGGAGAACCUUGAGCAGGUCCUGAAGCAUAUGCGAGAGGCUGCUGAUCGGCGGCAGCAGCUGGAGGCAGAGCAUGAGCAGGCCUUGGCUUUCCUCAACUCCAGACAGCAGGAGAUCACCCUUCUGCAGAAGGUUCAGGCUGAAGCUGAAAAAGAACGUGAAGAAGUGGUGCAUCUGCUAGAGGUCAAGGUUCAUGACUUAGAGCAGAAAUGCCGGACACGGAGUGAGCAGUGCAAUAUUUUGUCGAAAGAGCUGGGGAAAUAUCACCCGGGUUUAGAUGCAGAGGAGACACUAAACACUGACUCACAGAAGAAAAACUUGUGCAACAGUUACAACAGCCUGCAGCGCGAGGCUGAAAAAAGUGAUGAGAGAUCUGACGGAUCUCCACUGGUCUCAGAACUGCCCAUAGUACAGCAACACAAGAGAGACAAGCCAGAGCAGCUGUCAGUCAAACCCACCGUCCAAACCCAGAAUCGCUCCAGUAGCCCCAUGCAAGCAUCCCUCUCAGAGAUGGAGAAUGAGGUGAGCCCAGCUCCGAGAUCCAAGACGAGAUACACAGGCCAGGUCCGUCUCUGCACUGCGCGAUACAGUUAUAAUCCCUAUGAUGGACCUAAUGAGCAUCCAGAAGCAGAGCUUCCUCUUGUGGGAGGGAAGUAUUUGUAUGUAUAUGGGGACAUGGACGAUGAUGGAUUUUAUGAAGGAGAGCUGUUGGAUGGCCAGCGUGGCCUGGUUCCCUCAAAUUUUGUGGAGUUUGUCCAGGACAAGGAAAAGCCAUCUAUCGAGGGUGGAGAGGAGCAGGGCAGGCUGGAGCAGAGCUGUCUGAGCCUGAUGACCAUAGAUGGAGGUGCUCAUCUGGACAGCCUUAACAGUAACGCCCUCGCACACUGCACCAACGGGACAGGCGCAUUGGAUGGAGAGGAGCUGGGCGACGACAUUGUGCCUUACCCCAGGAAGAUCAACCUGAUCAAACAGCUGGCAAGAAGUGUGAUAGUGGCCUGGGAAGCACCUCAAGUGCCCCUUGGCUGGGGCAACAUCAACGGCUACAAUAUUUUAGUGGAUGGGGAAGUACGUUCCUCUGUGCCAUUUGGAGCAAGGACCAAACUGCUUCUCGAGAAGCUGGACCUGGCUUCCUGCACAUACCGUGUGUCGGUGCAGAGUGUCACGGAAAGGGGGCUCUCAGAUGAGUUGCGCUGCACUUUGCUGGUGGGCCGCAAUGUUGUGGUAGCACCAACCGGCCUGCGCAUGGAUGAUAUUUUACGUGACUCCGCCGAACUUUCGUGGCUUCCCAGUAAUAGUAACUAUGCCCAUGUCGUGUACUUAGAUGGUGUGGAGCAUGCUGUGGUGAAGCCGUGCUCUUACAAACUGCGUUUUGUGAACCUGAAAGCUGCCACAGUGUACAAGGUAAAAGUGUUGGCCAAACCUCACCAGGUGCCCUGGCACAUGCCCCUGGAACAGAGAGAGAAGAGAGAGGCUGGGGUGGAGUUCUGCACCCAAGCUGCAGGACCCCCUCUGCCUCCUCAAGAAGUCCAGGUCCAGUGUGGACAAGCCCCAGGGGUCCUCCAAGUCCGUUGGAAGCCCCCUUCAAUGACAACCAUGGGAACCUCCAAUGGUGCAAAUGUCAUUGGCUACGCAGUGUGUACAAAGGGUCAGAGGAUCGCUGAGGUGAUGUAUCCACUGGCAGACUAUGUGGCAGUAGAACUGAACCGUCUCCAGUGCUUGGAGGCCCAUGAGGUUAUUGUCAAGACUUUAUCAGCACAAGGGGAAUCUCAAGACUCCCAUGCUGCCAUCAUUCCAAACCACCUCCUGGUGCCUCUUCCUAAAACCCUCCCUCCUUCUCACCACAUGCCCCAGCAAACCCAACCAAUGCCUUCUCAUCCCCAAAUCCGCACCCUUCCACCUCACCCUGGACCCCAACCACCCACCCAUCUCCAAACCCUUUCCAUUCACCCCAACCAGCCCCCAUCUCAUCUCCAUCCGCACCGUAUGCCCCAUCCCACACAGCCCUCUCCACCCCACCUCCAGCCUUUACCAACGCACCCAAUUCAAAUGCCUCAGCCUCAGUCGUCCAUGCCAAUGACACAACCCCCACCCCAGCCACCCAUGCCUAUGCCUCAACCCCAACAGCCCAUGCCCCAACCCCAGCCAGCCAUCCCCAUGCUCCAUCCCCAGCCUACUAUCCCGAUGCCCCAGCCUCAUAUUCCCCAACUAGCCCUUCCCCAAUCCCAAAGACCACUAAGUGCUAGAGAGCUGGAAACCAAAGAGCAAGGGCCAGGAAUGCUUCAUCAUGGAGGGGGCCCUCCUCAGCCAUGGGAGCCUGGCUGCUCUCCAUCUGGCCUGCAUAUUGGCUUGCCACACGGACACACCCUGGAUGCCCCGGCCUGCCCAAAUCGCCGCUCCCCAUCACCUCAAAGGAUCCUCCCCCAGCCCAGGGGUACGCUCAUUCCUGACACUGUAGCCAAGGCUAUUGCCCGAGAGGCAGCCCAAAGAGUGGCUGCAGAGAGUGGACGGAUCGAGAGGAGAAGCCAGGGCUUUCACUCUCAAAAUUCAGAUGAGGAAGAGGAUGAGGAUGAGGAAAGCUAUCAGGCCCGCAGAAGAGGAGCAUCUAUGGAUGACUUCCUCAGGGGCUCAGAGCUGGGCAGGCAGUCUCAUUACAGUCACAGCGAAGAGUAUCAUACAGACAGCAGUCGAGGAUCGGACCUCUCAGACAUCAUGGAAGAGGACGAGGAGGAGUUGUAUUAUGAAAUGCAGCAUGAAGAACGCAGGCGACGAAACUCCCACAACGCACCCAAGACCAGAGCAAGCACUCCAUCUUCGAGUCAGCUGGAUCGGGAAUCAUAUCGGAAGCCAUCUCACCGAGAUCCUCAACCUCAGCGCCAACCCCUCACGGUCCCAUCCAUUGGUCAGUGCACUCCCAAUGGAUACCGGGACCGAAGCUGCCGUUCUCCCCCAUACUAUGAUGAGUCUGAGCAGGAGGAUCCGUUUCGAAUCUUUGUAGCGCUCUUCGACUAUGACCCUCUCUCCAUGUCCCCUAACCCUGAUGCAGCUGACGAGGAACUCCCAUUUAAAGAGGGACAGAUAAUCAAGGUGUAUGGGGAUAAAGAUAACGAUGGCUUUUAUCGUGGGGACAUCCGGGGCAGGUCUGGACUUAUUCCCUGUAACAUGGUGUCAGAAAUCUGUGCUGAAGAUGAUGAAACCAUGGAGCAGCUCAUGAAACAGGGAUUCCUCCCUCUCAACACUCCUGUAGACAGAAUAGAACAAAAUAGGAGAGGUCGCCACCCAGUGGCCACAAGAAGAAUGGUUGCCCUGUACGACUAUGACCCCAGAGAGAGCUCCCCAAACGUGGAUGUCGAGGCUGAACUGACAUUCUGUGCUGGCGAUAUCCUUGCUGUUUUUGGGGAUAUAGAUGAAGACGGCUUCUAUUAUGGUGAGCUUAAUGGACAUCGGGGCUUGGUUCCAUCCAAUUUUCUUGAAGAAGUGCCUGAUGAUGUGGAGGUCUAUCUGACGGAUACUCCCUCCCACCAUGGCCAGGACGAGCCCAAUCCAGUACUGGCACCUCGUCCAGAGACCAAACGGGUGCCUGUGGAAAGUACAGUGCCAGAUCCGGCCCCUGGAAGACCCGCCUCUCCCACUGUGCGUCCUUUGCUUCCUGUUGGCCCAAUCAGGCCGCUGAGCCCUGCCAGGGGUCCAAGAGACCUGGCAUCUAAAAAGAAAAAAGGACUGCUCUCUAAGGGGAAGAAACUGCUCAAAAAGUUCUCAAAGUAAAAGUAUGAGUUUGAUUUCAAAUUCAUAUGACAACAACAGAAUAUGAUUUCUCUGUCAAAAAAUGUUUUCGGAAAAGUCUUCAGUGAGAAGACAAAAAAACACACACACAAAAAAAUGAUCUAAAUGGCUUUCACAUUAACAUGCCACAUACAUAUCAUGAAACGGAUCUAAUAUAUCCAGUUGAAAAGGAAUAACAUAUAUAGCGAUGUCACUCAUAUUUCAGUGAGCUUGCUAAUUGGCUGUCAUAAAGAAAGCAUCUAUUCAUACUGUGAGGUAGAGGACAAAGAGACAUUAUUAAUAUUUAAGGAAUUUCUUUUAAUUAUAAUUUCCAUUUUUGAAGUCAAAGUGCUGGAUUUUGAAUGAAAUAUUCAAUCUCAUGGAUUUUAGAGUUUGAUAUAUCACUUGGUGUUAAAAACAGUUCAAUAAGCACUUCAGAUAUGGUCUGACAUUGUCAGUCAAGUGUAAAAACAGAUAUAAACCUCCAGACCAUAUUAAGUGCAUUAGUCCGAAACACAAAAAGGACCACGAAAAACCACGAAAAAGAAAUAUAUAUAUAUAUAUAUAUAUAUUUCCAUAGAAAGAUGGGCAUGGUGCAAAAUGGCAUAACUGACUAGGAGAGUCUAUGAGCAAAUCCUUUUAAGCAUUGCUGUGGCCUUCAUCUAAACUCAGUAAGUACAGUAUAUUACCUACAUCUGAUAUCUCCAUACAUCAGUCUUUGCCAAGUAUCCUCCUUUUUUGCUUGCUCCUUUUCCAGUGUCUAUCACGAGAAUGACUGAAGAUAUAAAAAUACAAUGGAAAGUUUCUGUGUCUGCUUUUCAAUGCACAGUCGGUGUGCGUUUUGGUGAAUGACCUGUGUGGUUGUGUGUCUCCCCCCUCUGCAUCCAUGUUUGUGCGACCCCUUCACACUGAAAAGGGACAAAUGUUGUUAUAAACUUUUGUGAUAAUGUGACGUGCUGCUAAUUACAAGUUGUUUACUGUUCCUUUCUAAAGUCUAUAAAGGUGGCGUGGUCUUCAAAAGAAGAAAUAUUUAAGCAAAAAUGGUGUGUUGGCAUCUCCUCAAAUUUCACAUUCUAUGGGCCGAUUUACACAGAAUGCAUUUUUUAGACAUAUUUUCUCACUGUUCUCAUUUUGUUUUUAAAAAGUUACAUUAGGUUAAAAUAGUGUAACAACAUGCAUAUAAAAACAUUCAAUUCUUUGCCAUUCCAUUUUAAAUGCAAGAAUGUGUUCUGUGUAAAAUAGAUUUUCACGAAAAAAAUGUAAAUUAUGUCAUUAUUUAGGAUGCCCACCCUCACGUCAUUCCAAAACUGUAUGACUUUCUUUCUUUUGUUGAAUGUAAAAGAAUAUAUUUCGAGAAAUCUCACACUCUUUCACUCUCUCACUUUGGUCCAUACAAUGGAAAACUGUACAGAAGCAUAGGCAUAUCUUCUUUUGUUUCGCUGAAGAAAGUCCUGUUAUACAUGUUAGGACAGCAUGAGGGUGGAACUUUCAUUUUUGGCUGAACAAACCUUUUGACACUUGUUUAAACAAAUCAUGGCUGGUUAUGAGAACAUUGUUUAUAGGCAUAAAUGACAUAUCCUUGCUGCUGUGAUCAUAGGCUGUUUUUCCUGGAGUCUUUGCUUGCUAUGGUAGAAUCAAACUCCUUGUGAUAGUCUGUUUGCUGAGAACCUUAUUAUACAUAGUCUCAACUACCAAAAUACAGGUUAAGUAAUACCCUCAGGCAAAAUUACCUAUGAUAGCUCAGUUGUCUCAAGCUAUAAUCUAGCUGUUUACAUAAAGGGCAAAAUCUCUUGCAUUAAACACAACACACCUUGCAACUGGAAAUGCAUCUGGUGGCAUCUUACAAUAAUAUGCCCAGUUGGAUUUAGAUUGCACUCUUGAAUGGUCUGAUCCAGGGUAAUACUGUGUGUUUUACUUUUUUUUUUUUUUUUGUCUAUAAAAAAUAUGAUCUUAAAAGUAUUCUAUAUUUAAGAGUUUUAGUAAAACAAACAAAAAAAAAAGACAUUCAUUUAGGGUGAAUGGAGUUUAUUUCUUGUGGAAGAAAAAAAAUGAAAGAGAAAGGUUGGAUAGCCAAAAAGGAAUGAAUGAAAUGUUCAGCUGCCUAGAUAGCUUGCAACAUCAUUUUGCCAAAAGGAAAAUAUAUAUACAAGAGAUUACAUAUAUUUUCAUUUAAAAGAAAUCUCUAUCUCUUUUAUCAUGAAUCCCAAGUGUUCGUUUGUGACUGGACGUUAUAAGUGUUCAUUUCUUGGUUACUCUUUUGUACUCCAUUUAUAGAUAAUUUAUAAAUGUUUAUACCUAAUUUACAGAUUUUCAGACUUUUUUAGUGCUUUAAGAUUUAAUAUUUAACAGUGUUAUUGUUUUCCAUGGUGUCUUCAAGAAAAGAUGCUCAAGUCUGCAAUUCUGUGCUUGCUCUGCGAAUUAAAAAGAAAAGAUAACUUACUGGUCUACAGUAUAUUUACUGAAAUGGACUACUGUGUGACUGUGCAUGUGUAGAACUGUGUAAAAUAUACAUUUUCUAUGAAAAUAAAUGUGAUAUUUUUCAA